UGUGAACUUUGAAAUUUUUGAUGUUAUUUCAGGCAACUAUUUAUAUCUUAAACUUUUAGAAAAAGCAAAAAGGACUGUAUAAACAUACUAAAAGUUAUUCUGGUAUCAAUUAAAAAAUGAAAACGCUCGAUUUCGUAUCGGAUUUCGUCUUAAACUUCUAUACGUGUUCGCAAAGCGCGGGAUUUUGGCACUGCAUGCUGUACAACAGUAUUAUUCAACUCGAAGUGACUAUCAGUAUCACGAGCGGGUUAAACGCUGACAACUGUCAAUGCAUAUGGCUUUUGAGAAAACUUGAGCAGGUUCACUUAAGAAAUGGUAAGCGUGCAGCGUGCAACUAUCGAGUUAUGGAUGCACGCGGGAGGUUGCUUACCAUGAAUGAAACGUAAGAGUCGCACGAGGCGAUAGCUUGAGUCGCACGAGGCUGUCGCACGAGACUCUCACGCUUCUUUCGUGCUUAGCAACCUCCCGUGUGCAUCCACGCUUACCAUUUCUUAACGCAGGGUCACAAAAAGGAGUGCGCGACGAGAGAAAAGAAUCUCUACGUGGAAAGGAGACUCGUUCAAAGUUGAUGACCUUGAAGCACAUAAUCACUGAUAACAGUUUCAGAUAGACUGAAAGCAAGACUGAGCGAGUCUACGAACUGAAGUAUAGAAGUGAUCUUGUAAAAAUUAGACCGUGAACAGAAAUAAUUGAACAACUCCAGUGUGAUCAAUUUAUUAUUUCUCCGUAUACUCGAUAGAAUUUAACACUUGUCACGAGGUGUUCAGGCAAAUUCUAUUGGAAAUCAAAUCAAAAAGUCAUGAUAUUUUAAAGGAAAUUUUGGUUUGUAAUUGUGGACUGCAGGAAAGGUCGGAAAAUCCUGUAACUAAUAUACCUCGUUGUUUUGAGUUCCCAUUUCUAGUCUCCUUUAAAAGGAUAAGAAAGUAUAAGCACGCAAAUUUGGGGAAUCUAACUCUUAAAGAGAACUGCUUGGCUUACGGGAAGGGAACUCGUCACGAUUUCUUGGUUCACGGGGAUCUACCUCAAUUGUCUUCUCUGCGGACGUCAAGGAACGGACAUAACUUGGUCCAACAGUAGUUUAUUCCGCCAACUGUGUAAUCAAGGAUGUAAUCGAUUAUGUAAUCGGAAAACGUUUGCUUACAUAUGAUUGUUAUGUACAAAGUACAAGGAAGAUACUUUGAUCUUUUGGUUCAAGUUAUGUUGCUAGCUGAGUAAAUACACCCAGAGGUUCAAUGUAAAAUGAAUGUAUCCAAGAAAAUGAAGCGGUGAAUUUAGCAAAAAAAGAUGGAGACUUGCAUAGAAUUAUACUAAAAAGUACUGGUUUUAAGUAAAGCCUUUAACUGACAAAAGGUUGGCUGGCUGGUUACGGUUUGUGGUGAAAAAGGGUUGACAGCUAUUUCCAAAUAUUUAGACAUUAUGUAAUAGUCCUGUUUACGUUCUCUGACAUACAGAUCCUCUUAAUUGAAAACCAUCAGUGAAUUUCUCUCUUCCGAGACAGUGGGGAUUCCCUCAAUGCUACAUUUACAGAAAGACUCACAGGUUUUUGGACGUAGAAGACUUGUUAAUUGAACCGGCAAAACAUCGAUAAUUUACCGCAAAAAAUGACUUUUGCUUUCUUGGUAGUGCGCAUACAUCUAAAACUUGCGAAAGAGGUCAACCGUAGGAAUCUGCAUGGAUGACAAUCAUGUGUUCUCUGUGCGUUGAUGCGCGUAUAGUACUUAGUCACGCCAAGUUAGCAGCCAUGGUUCCCUCUUUUGUCCUCGAUCCGUUUCAACUUCUUUUAAAUAACCUAAGCGAUGAACUACACGAAAGGAAUCUACACAGCCUUAUACAUGUUUGUGGAGAUCUCAUUCCUGGCGCCCAACGCGAAAGAAUCACCACCGGCUGGGAUGCAUUCACCAUUUUACGGCAACGCAACGUGAUCGGAAGCGAACCCGAAAAGAUGAAGAACUUGCUUGCAAUCAUCAAGGAACUGAGACCCAACAGAAAAGAUUUGGUCCUCAACAUUAAGCGGCAUAUUCAGGACAAUUACCAAGAACCAGACUUGAUAUUGAAUGAUCUGGAUUCAAGUUCCGAUAGUCCUCUGCCAUUCUGCGUGAUUUCCAGACCCCCAACAUCAACGCCUCACAUACCUCAAGAAGAUUGUUGUCGUAUACACUGUUCAGGUUUGGCUUGCAGUUGCAAUCCAUGUUGUGGUGCUUGCUGUUGCUGUGUCAUCUUGGCAAUACUAUUUACCUUACUCGCCCUCGUAACUCUCACGGCAUGGUCGUUAGCAAGCAAGGAUGAACGCUCUGAUCAUGAAAUAUCACACGAAGCCGUGCCAUGUGUCGUCGGUGCUUUUGGAUUCCUCGCGGUCUGCAGUGUUAUCAGUGUCAUUUACAUCAGAUAUUGCAGGCCAAGAGAUCAGCUGAAUUAUACAAUGCUACCAACCACUCUCGAUAUGAGAACUAAUCUAGCAAGCUACGCCACCUCUGACUCUUUGCGUACCAGCUAUAACUCAAUGGGGCAGAGAAUAGAGAGUCCAAGAUACGAGUGUUCCUGCAGUCAGUCGGGGCAGAAUACAGCUUCAAGCUCGCUGACUUCUAGGGCAUCGUCAGUACCGAGUCAUCCUCUGCUUCCAGACGACAUCGUUCCAGAUGGCUUCCCGUGGGACGACUACCCUGAAUUUUUCCAUCAGAAUGUGCAAGACGAAGAAGUCAAUUUGCUCGAGGUCUAACCUCAAUGACAAGGGAGGCAAACGAGAGAGAGGGAGAGAGAGAGAGAGAGAGAGAGAGAGAGAGAGCCUGGGAUCAAGGUUGAAUGCCUGGUAAUAUUCAUUCUCUUGCCUUCGUGGGCCGGUUUUUAACACGAUACAUGAAUCGAAAGAGGUUUACAAAUAACAAAUUAACAUCCACGGACCUGCUUUGUGAACUGUUUGAUUAAGGUUUUAAUUAGACCUGUAGAUAAUUCAACUGGCGGAGUUCUCCUGUAUCCCGCGGGUUUCGGGACAUUUUGCUUGGCAAGAUUGUGUGCAUUCGGAAGAACUGUUUCAAACGAUUGCCAAGCUACAAACACCCUGUGUGAUUUAAAACUUGUAAAUUCCUUUGUUCUUUUCUUUUACUUUUGUUUCUGUUCUUAUAUUCUUUUUACAUCACUUGCAAACUGAUAGGAUAUAUAUAUACAAUGGCCUUCAUUUGGCGCGAAAAUAUGCUCUAAUAUUCGUCCGCAGACCGAACAGUUUUCAGAGAGCGGAUAUUUUCGCACCAAAUGAAGAGUAUUGUGUUGAUUAUCCUUCAAAUAUUUGUCGCAACACGCGCAGUUUUGAAAAUUGGGGAAUAUCGGAGUGAUAUUCCCCAGUUUUUUCAGUUACGUGACGUGUUUGGACCAAUCGCGCACGAGCGAAAAUAUGAAUGUAGAUAUGUAUGAAUGUGAAUAUAGAAAGUUGUGUAUAUAUGAAUGUAGAAAGUUAUGAAUGAUGUCUAUAAUAGUAAUUAUUUAAUCUCCCACGAACUGUUUAA